AUGGCGCUCGCCGCCGUCAUCCGCUCCAGCAGGGCCACCACCAUGAUGGAGCUCGAGAUCGAGCUCAAGAAGGCAUCUGAUAAGCUCAAGGUUGAUAGCCCGGACGAUUUCACCUGCUCGGCUGCUCCGUCGUUCCCGGUUGCUGUGUCCUGGGACGCUACAUCCAUUUCUCUUUCUGCUGCUUGUGAUUUGUUCAUGCGGUUUGUAACGAGGACCUCACAUCUGGAGCAUGAGAAGUUUGAUGCAGCAAAAUCACGCCUAAUUGAGCGAGGAGAAAAAUUUGGAGAGAUAUCUUUAAAGGCUCGCAAGACAAUUGCAAUGCUUAGCCAGGAUUUCAUUCACGAUGGGUGUACUAUACUUGUCCAUGGGUAUUCCAGGGUAGUAUUGGAAGUUCUAAAGCUUGCUGCAUCAAAUCGCAAGCUCUUCCGUGUACUAUGCACAGAGGGCAGGCCAGACAGAACUGGUUUAAGAAUGUCAAAUGAACUUGCAGCAUUAGGCAUCCCUGUUAAGGUUCUAAUUGAUUCAGCUGUUGCUUAUUCCAUGGAUGAAGUUGACAUGGUAUUUGUUGGUGCUGAUGGGGUUGUUGAGAGUGGAGGAAUAAUUAAUAUGAUGGGCACUUAUCAGAUAGCUCUUGUGGCUCAUAGUAUGAACAAACCUGUUUAUGUGGCAGCUGAAAGUUACAAGUUUGCUCGGCUAUAUCCCUUGGAUCAAAAGGACAUGACGCCAGCUCACCGACCAAUAGAUUUUGGAGUCCCAGUACCCACUGGUGUGGAAGUGGAGACAUCUGCAAGAGACUACACACCUCCCCAAUAUCUCACACUUCUCCUGACCGAUCUUGGUGUUCUAACACCAUCUGUUGUUAGUGAUGAGCUCAUCCAAUUGUAUCUAUGA